UUCCGUCCCGCAAAAUAAUUCGCGUAAACUAUUAUUCGCCGCCGGCCCCCGUGUCCAUUCCUAGGGUUUCUUCCAUCCCCACGCCGGCGGCGGCGUUGUCUCGCGGCGGCGCCGGCGGACUCCUCUCUGCUUCCUUCCCCGUUCCCGUUCCUCCCCCGCGCCGCAAGCUAUGGCAGUGCAAGCUGGAACCCCAGCUACUCCUAUAAGCCCCCAAGUGAUUAGUGGUGCAUUUGUUCAGCAAUAUUACCACAUUCUACAUGAGACACCAGAUCAGGUCUAUAAGUUCUAUCAAGAUGCAAGUAUUGUUGGUCGGCCUGAUUCUAAUGGAGUCAUGAAAUAUGUAUCAACAACUGCUGAUAUCAACAAAAUAAUCUUGUCUAUGGACUUCAGCAACUACUUAACAGAGAUAGAGACUGCAGAUGCACAGUUAUCUCACCAGGAUGGUGUGCUCAUUGUUGUUACUGGAUCUUUGACAUCUGAAGGCAUAUGCCGUAGAUUUACACAGUCAUUCUUCCUUGCACCACAAGAAUCUGGUGGCUAUGUUGUUCUCAAUGAUAUUUUUAGAUUUAUAGUGGAAAGGCCACCAGUUGCAAUAAGUCAAGUUAGUCAAGAAAAUGAGAACAAUCAGAACACUGCCACUCUUCCUGAAACUGAUCCUAAUCCAGCGGGAGAUGGUAUGAUCUCAGAGCCUGUGGCAGUGGAAAAUAAUGUUGCGGAGGGGGAAGUGACAAAUUCCACGGUUGAUGGCACUAGUAUUGAAAAUAAUGCUACUGCUGCUGUCGAACCACCUGUACAAAUGACGAAAGAGGAGCCCAGGAAGAUCUCUGUUGCUGCUCCUCCCCCUCCAGCUCAGAAGGAUGUAACGAAGAAGUCCUAUGCGUCGAUUGUGAAGGUUAUGAAGGAGGUGUCACUAACCCCAGUUGUCAAACCUAAGCCAGCUCCAAAACAUGUGGUUAAGACUGUUGAAGCUUCAGAGAAACCUUCUGUUAAAAGUUCUCAAACUGUUGAAAUCACUCCGAAUGAUAACAACGAUGCUGAAAAUAACACUUCUAAUGAUGAGCAAGGUUACUCAGUUUUUGUGAAGAGUUUGCCUCACAAUGUGACAGUCCAGACGGUUGAGGAAGAGUUCAAGAAAUUUGGCGCUAUCAAGCCAGGUGGCAUCCAAGUUAGGAACAACAAGAUUGACCGGUUCUGCUUUGGUUUUAUUGAGUUUGAGUCCCAGCAAUCUAUGCAGGCAGCAAUUGAGGCAUCUCCGAUUCAUAUGGGUGGGAAAGAAGUAUUUGUUGAGGAGAAAAGAACCACUACCCGAGUUGUGAAUGGUGUUGUCAUCACGCGUGGUGAUAAUGGGAAUGCUGGUGGAGGCGGACGUUACCAAUCUGGAAGGGGAGGCUACCGCGGUGAUAAUUUCAGGGGACGGGGUGGUGGCUAUGCGAACAGCGGAAACUACCGUGGAGGUGAUAACUUCAGCAGGAGGAACGACUUGAGAAAUCGCAACGAGUUUUCAGGUCGUGGUCGAGGGCCACCGCCUGGGAAUGGCUAUCAGAACAACGGAUUCCAUCCAGCAAGGCCGUUCCAGAACGGAAAUGGGAGGUUCACCCGAGUCAACGGCCCUAGGCAAACACCGGUUGCGGCAUAGAGGAGGGCAAUGAUGAAGGGAAAUUCACCGUAGCAGGAAUUUCCUGAAGAGAUUAAAAAUUUUUAGUAGAGCAUUGUUUCAUAGACAAUUUGGGAUGGGCAUCAAGAUUCUUUUGCACCUUGUAACGGCUGCUACAAGGUGAGUUUUGGUGAUUAAUUGCCGUUGACUAACGUCCAUUGGUUGGUGGUGUUCCAAAAUUGUAUUAUCUGCCGAUCAGAAUUUGGUGAGAUGGGAUAUAUCCAUAACGUCCAUGCAGAGAUUUAUGCUACUAGUCGUAUCUCUGUUUGUCA